GUCAUUAUCUUUAUGGUUGCGUCUGAAAACAGAAGUGAUGUCUGCAGAGAAAGACCAGAAACAGCUGCAGGACACGGGAGCUGCUGAUCCGCCGUCCUGGUCCCCCAGGAACCCCAAGCAGAAGAUCAUCAAGCGGGUCAUUGGCCUGGAGGGAGACUUCAUCAGGACUCUGAGCUUCAAGCAAAGAUACGUACGAGUCCCCGACGGUCACUUCUGGAUCGAGGGGGAUCAUCACGGACACAGUAUGGACAGCAACAGCUUCGGACCGGUGUCUGUUGGGCUGCUCCACGGUCGGGCCUCUCAUAUCAUCUGGCCACCGAAUCGUUGGCAGCAAAUCAAACCGAGUCUCCCUCCAAACCGAGGACCUCUGGACAACGAGGAAGAAGAGGAAUAAACACAUGCUCACACACACUCAGUCACACACACUCAGUGUUUACAGUGAUGGUAAUGAAAUGUUUAAAGUGAUGGCAGCCUCUUGGAUGGCUCUGUAUCACUCGGACCGCUCUCUUAUGUUUUUUAAAAUGUCAUAUGAUGCUGAAAAAGCUUCUCUCUGAUUGUGUACAUCCAUUAUUCUUCUAUACCUUUGUGUUUGGGUUUAAUUCAUAUGGCCACAGUCUAGUCAUUAGCAGGGACACGGAUCACUCAGUCUAAAAGCAACAACCAAACAAGGAAACCCAAAACCCUCUGUGGUUCCACCGCGUUGGGACAGUUGCUGAUUUGUUCUGUUUAAUUUCUUGAAAUCAUUUUGGCGUUGGACUGUUGGUUGAAUAAAACAAGAGAUUUGAAGACAA